AUGUCUGAUGGAAACCAAUUUACCGCAUCUGCAUACGCACAGCAACAUCAACAAAAUAGAUUACCAUUUGAAUCAAUGGGCAAUGUAUUGCUCGAUGCGAUGCAGGGUAUACUUAUUUGUCUUGAUAGUUAUCAUAUUAUUAUUGGUGUAUCAAAAACAGUCAAACGUUAUUUUGGUUUUGAACAAACAGAUCUUGUUGGUUUAUCAAUAUUAUUACUUAUUGAAGAUAGUGAAAGAGAUUCAUUUUUAAAAUUUCUUAAUAGUCCAUCACAACCUAAUGAUAUGCAUUAUGUUCGUAUAAUGACAAAUAAUACAAAUGAAUAUCGUCAAGUUAAAAUUCAUCGAAAGAAAAAAUUAAAUCAUGAUAAUGCUAAUGUUCAUUCAACUACAACACGACAUAAUUAUUCUGUUGUUACAAUGCUUAUAAUAACAUCAGAAGAUUCAUCUUAUAUUGAUAUAACAUUACAUGAUAUUCAUAAACAAGAAUUUUAUACAAAAAUGAAUUUAAUUGGUGAAAUUAUUUUUGAAGAUCAUCGUGGUGCUUUAAUAACUGGUUAUUUACCACAUGAAAUACUUUCACAAUCAAUAUUUGAUUUUGUUUAUUAUGAAGAUCGUUUAGUUAAAUUACAUGCACUUUGGAAAUGUGUAACAACUGGUUCAAGUAAAUUACAAUGGCGUUUAAAUGCACGUGAUGGUUCAUUAGUUUUUCUUCAAACUGAAUAUAAAUUAAUAUCUGAUCAUCAAAAUCAUGAUAUAAUCGUAGCUCGAAAUGAAGUUUUAAAUCCAAUACAAAGAUCACAAUUUGAUGAAUUACAAACAGCAUGGAAACAUCAAUGUGCAGCUGAUAUUAAAGGAAAUAGUUCAUCAUUUAAAUUUCUUUCACCAACGGAUACAGAUUCGUCAUCAGCAUCAAAUGGUCAAUGUCGUAUAUGUGUUCCUUCAUUAAGAAAUAUAUUUGGUGUAUCAAAAUUAACGCGUCCACUAACAAUACAAGAUUAUAUACAAAUAUUAAUGGAUAAUGAUAAACAUAUGGAUGGUGAAUUAGCAAAUAUGAUUAAUAAUAUUCAAUCAUUAACAGCAUGUUAUAGACGUUUAAAUGAUAAGACUAAAUCACAAAGCAAUGGUUCAGACAUAAUAAUGGAUGAAAAAGUUCAAUUAGAAUCUUCACCAUCAUUAACAGAUAUAUCAUCACGUCAAAAACAUGAUUCAGAAUCAAUUGUACGUGGUAUACUUAGUAAUUCAAUACAAUAUAAUCAUGAAAAACAAUCCGGUGAUUCAUCUUCAACACUUGUUAGACUUUUGAAUGGUAAUGGACAUAGUUCACAAAAUGGAAAUACAAGAUCAUCAACAGUUACAUCACAAUUUCAAAUAAAUCAAUCCAAGUCAAAUUCAACUCCACUUAGUCCAGAAAUUAUACAUCAACAAGAUGUGGAUUUUUUAAAAAAAUAUAAAGCAGCCAAAGCCAAAUUAGAAUCUCAAUUAGAAUCAAUCCGAAGACAAGAAACCAUUGAUGCUAAUCAAAUAAAUGAUAAAGCAAAACGAAAUACAAUAUUAAAUAAAUUAUCUCAAUUAGAAAAUAUAAAAAAUAAACAUUUUGCACGUCGACAUAUUCAAAAACGGCAAACUUCUACAACUACAACAGCAGUACCUAUUAUUAAUUCUGAACAAAAAGAUUUUCUUAAUAGUCUAUUUUCAUCAUCACCAUCAUCAGCAAAAUCAAUUGGAUUAUUACCUAUAGAUAAUAAUAAUUCUCUAACAUCAUCAAGUCCAUCAUCAUUAUUUUCUUCAUCAAAUGAUCAAUCACCAUAUUAUUCAUCCAAUAAUUAUCAAGAUCAACGAAAUACUUCACAACAAUUUGAUUCUAUACAAACUUCAUCGUAUCAUAAUGUUAAACCUUCUUUAUUCGAUGAAUUUUUAACACCACCAUCGUCAUCUUAUACACCGGUUAAUACGACUACUACUACUAAUAAUAAUAAUUCAUCAACAUCUGUACAUUCACAUAUGGAUAUUUCAUAUCAAGGAACAACAGACAAUUUAACAGGUUCAUCCUUUUCUACUAAUCAUCAACAUAAUACAAAUUAUCCUUAUUAA